AUGGACUUUGCUACAAAGAUAAAGGAGCUCGAACAAGAACUUUCUAAGGCAAAUGACUACAAGACUUUACAGGAAAAGGCUACAAAUCUUCGAAGGGAACUGAAUUCUUCAGCUCCUUCCCUGACAUCUUAUGAAAAGGAGCAUUUUUCGAAUGAUAUAGAAAGUAUUUUAAAAUGUAUUAAUGCGGAAUUAUCGAAAUCAAAGGGUAAUAAACGCAGGGCAUUCUCCUUCAAGCAAAAGACUUUGCCAACAACAGUUCAGGAGAAAACUAAACAUAAAGCGCUUGUGACUACGCCGGAGAAAACUUCUGUUCUGAAAAAGAAUUAUGUUUUAAAGAAAGGAGAUUCAGCAUUUGAAAACUUGGAAUACUGUACUGUCGCGUCAGCGAGAGACCAUAGUAGCGUUGAUGCUGCCUCCGGUUCAUUAUAUUUCCGUAAUGUUAUUAAAAGUGUCAUAAACUUACAAAGGAUAUACUUUCAAGCAGGUAGUAUAUUCAUAACUGACUGUAAGGAUUCUAUAUUUUUUUUGCAUUUACCCUCUGAAGGGAACAUCCAAAUACGUUUGCGUAACUUGCAAAAGUGCAGAAUUUUGAUAGAGCGAUUAUCAUCAGAUACUGAUUAUAAACAAGUGGUAAUUGUUGAAAAUUGUUGCGAAUGCAUUUUCAAGGCAAGUACUCGCGAGCACUUAAUCAUACAGGAUUUUUCCAACCCUUUCUCAAGUGAUGAAACUAAGGACCAGUCGGCAUUUUCAUUUGAAGACUUUAAAACUUAUGACAAUGACACGAUGCAGUUAUUACAGGCUUACUUAUAA